UAUGAUUCAAUGGACCAAGUAAAUGGUUCUGUGGUAACUGAAUUUGUGUUACUGGGACUUGCACAAUCCUGGGGAAUGCAGCUUGUACUUCUUCUCUUCUUCUCUAUAUUCUAUGUGGUAAUUAUCCUGGGAAACCUCUUCAUUGUAUUUACAGUGAUUUUUGACUCUCACUUACACUCCCCCAUGUAUACUCUGCUGGCCAAUCUAUCAUUAGUUGACCUGGGCCUUUCAUCUACCACAGUUCCUAGGAUUAUCUCUGAUCUUUUCAGUGAUUGUAAAAUCAUUUCCUUGCACAACUGCAUGAUACAAAUGUUCUUCAUCCAUGUCACAGGAGGAGUUGAGAUGGUGCUGCUCAUAGCCAUGGCAUAUGACAGGUACACAGCAAUCUGCAAGCCUCUCCAUUAUCUAACUAUUAUUAACCCCAAAAAGUGCAUGCUUUUGGUAGUGGCUGCUUGGACCAUUGGACCGAUUCAUGCUGUGUCUCAGUUUGUUUUUGUCAUAAAUUUACCUUUCUGUGGGCCCAAUAAUGUGGGGAGCUUUUACUGUGAUUUUCCAAGGGUUAUUAAACUUGCAUGCAUAGAUACUUACAGACUAGAAUUUGUGGUCACUGCCAACAGUGGCUUCAUAUCUAUGGGCACCUUCUUUCUCUUAAUUGCAUCAUAUAUCUUUAUUCUGGUCACCGUCCGACAACAUUCUUCAAAGGAUUUAUCCAAAGCAUUCUUCACUCUAUCAGCUCACAUCACUGUAGUGUUUUUGUUUUUCCUUCCAUGCAUGUUUCUCUAUGUGUGGCCUUUCCCUACUAAGUCACUAGAUACAUUUUUUGCCAUUGUGGACUUUGUUGUCACUCCUGUCUUAAAUCCUGCCAUCUAUACUUUAAGGAACAGAGAGAUGAAGGCGGCAAUGAGAAGGCUAAGUAGACAGGGUGUAAGUUCUAGAGAGAUGAUAUAA